CUCCUACCAGUUAACCUCAACCACACUCAUCUCUCCCCCUUCCCCUUCAAAGAGUAAGAACUACAUACAGUACACAGGAAGUAAAAAUGUGCGGCCCCUCCCGUCCUAGUACUGGCAACCUCAUCGCCAUCAUCUUCCCUUCUUCUUCCACCUCCUCCUCAUAUUCCCUCACCUUCAGCCACGACACAGACCUCCCGCACGGUCCCACGAAAGCGACCUUUCGCAUCUCCGAUCCGAAAGUACGAGAGGUGUUUCAGACGGCACGGGCGGUGGAUUUAAGGAUUGAGAAAUACGGGGAUUUGACUGCUCCUGCUCCAGCUACGGCACCGUUGCAUUGGUUCCGAGUUGGGAUGGGUGGGGGCAAGCAGGACCAGCCGGAGGUGAUUGAGGUGAUGCUGCCGGAACGGUUGGAGCUCGGGGUCUCCGGGACGGGGAUUGUAGGGCGCGAGGUGAGGGUUUCGGUGGAUGGGGUGGAUGAGAAGGUGGCGAUGGGAAGGGGGGUGGUUGGAUUUGAUUAA